GCCCCAGUCGGUGCCCCAACACCAAGCCCAGGGCUUGGGUCAGGAGCAGAAGAAGGACAAUGGGAGCCACACCAUCCAGAUGCCUGUUUCUGUUAUUUCUCUUCACGUGCAAGCUGUCCCCAGAUGUUGCUGCAGAAAUUCAAGAAUCCUCAGAUGGCUCCGGUGCUCCCCAGGAAGCCGUGCAGCUCACGGAUGUCCCAGCUGCCGUGAAAUUCAUUGCUGCUUCCGAGGUGGCUGUCAUAGGCUUCUUCCAGGAUUUAGAAAUACCAGCAGUAUCCGUAUUCCAUGGAGUGGUGCAAAAAUUCCACGACGUGUCAUUUGGAAUCAGCACUGAUUCCGAGGUUCAGGCACACUACAACAUCACGGAGAACACCAUUUCCCUCUUCCGUCUGGUGGAUAACGAACAACUGAAUUUAGGGACAGAAGACAUCGAAAGCAUUGAUGACAGCAAAUUAAGCCGUUUCAUUGAGAUCAACAGUCUCCGCUUCGUGACAGAGUACAACCCCGUGACUGUGAUUGGCCUAUUUAACAGCAUGGUUCAGAUUCAUCUUCUCCUAAUGAUGAACAAGGCCUCCCCAGAGUAUGAAGAAAGCAUGCACAGAUACCAGAAGGCAGCUAAGCUCUUCCAGGGGAAGGUUCUUUUUAUUCUGGUGGACAGUGGUGUAAAGGAAAAUGGGAAGGUGAUAUCAUUUUUCAAACUAAAGAAGUCUGAACUGCCUGCUUUGGCCAUUUACCGGACUCUAGAUGAGGAGUGGGAUACACUGACCACGGCAGAAGUUUCAAUAGAGCUCGUGCAGAACUUCUGUGAUGGAUUCCUAGGCGGGAAAAGGCUGGUGAGUGUGAGACUACAGGGAAGGCAAGUUGAGCUUUCUUCCUAUGUCUCUAAUAUUCCUAUUGAAUAAAAACUCUUUGGACUCCACUGGGGUCAAUUAAGAGCAAAGGUAUAUGAGGACACAGUAGACAAAGUCAGGAUGCUCUUUAGGAUAUAGUCAUGUGAAUAGAACUACAAAAGAAUUUGGGGGAAAGUCUUGCCUAUUCAAAGGUGCUGAAUUUUGGAUUUCACCAUUCUCUGAACAAUAUUAAUGGGAAACAAAUCAAAUCCCAUAUAAAGAGUUCAUGAGAUCCUGGCCAGUGCUGCUC